AUGCUGGUCCUCUGCAACGGCGCCUACGGCCGGCGUAUGGAGCAGAUCUGCCGCACGGCUGGCAUUGCGUGCGAGACGUUCAACCAGUCGGAGGAGCAGGCGCUGUCACCGGCCGCAGCUGCGCCGCUGCUCGCCGCCGGCCCGCUCUCCGCUGUUGCUAUGGUACACUGCGAGACCAGCAGCGGCGUGCUCAACCCUGUGGCUGAGCUGGGGCGACUGGUGCGCCAGCUGCAGCCCGGCGCCGCGUUCAUCGUUGACUCGAUGAGCGCGUUCGGGGCGGUGCCGCUGGACCUGGAGGCGGCCGGCGUCGACUACCUGGUCAGCUCGGCCAACAAGUGCAUCGAGGGCGUGCCCGGCUUCGGAUUCGUCAUCGCUCGGCUCGAGCGUCUGAAGCAAACCAAAGGUAACAGCCGCAGCCUCAGCCUGGACCUGUUCGAUCAGUGGGCAGGGCUGGAGCGCAGCGGCCAGUUCCGGUUCACGCCGCCCACGCACGCCCUGCUGGCGUUCGACUGCGCGCUGCAGGGGCUGCUGAGCGCCGGCGGCGUGGCCGCGCAGGCGUCCCGCUACCGCGCCAACAACGUCAUCGUGAAGCGCGGCCUGCGCCGGCUGGGCUUCCGGCCGCUGGUGCGCGACGGCGACGACUGCUACAUCAUAACGGUCAUCUACCCGGGCAAGGUGACCGACGCAGACUGCUUCCGGAUCGGGAACAUCGGCGACCUGCACGAGCCGGAUAUGCACCGGCUGGUGGACUGCGUGGAGACCGUGCUGCGUGACAUGCAGGUACCGAUCCCGGUCACCUACGGCGACCCGCAGUGA